AUGGCUUCUAAUAUCACCAUGGAGCAUGUUGAGUCUCAAAGGGGAAGGGAUGCUAUUCCUUCUCAAUGGGGAGGCAAGAAGAUCCGUUCUUCAAGUGAGCCUAGAGGUAAGGACUCUAACUUCUUAGAAGAAAGAGUUUCUAUGUUGGAAGAUGUUCUAUCCUCUAUGGAUGAGCAGUUCCAAAGGAUAGAACAUGACAAGGAGACCCUCGAGGCUCACGUGUUAGGAGAACUAGAUGCUUUCAAAGAAAGCAUGCUCCAAAUCGAAGAGAAGCUUGAGAAUUCCUUGAAGCUAUUUGAGGAAGUUCGAGUUUGGUUCGAGGAGGCAAAAUCUCGACCAACCAUUAUAAGGGAGACGACAAAGAUUGAUCUCCCCAAGCCAAAGGAAUUCAAGGGCGUAAGGGACGCUCGUGAGGUGGAGAACUUCCUAUGGCAAAUGGAGAGGUACUUCGAAGGCCAAGGGGUAGUCGAAGAAACAAUAAAGGUACGCACUGCAGCUCUCUACCUUUCUGAUAAUGCUACUUUGUGGUGGAGGAGAAAGUGCGUAGAUAUGGAGAAGGGUACUUGCAACAUAACCACAUGGGAAGAUUUCAAAAGGGAGUUGAAAAGACAAUUCUUCCCUGAAAAUGUGGUUUAUGAAGCAAGGAAGAAGUUGAGGGAGUUGAAGCACAAGAGUACGAUUAGCGACUAUGUAAAGGAGUUCACUACUCUCACACUUCAAAUCCCCAACUUAGCAUCAGAGGAUGCAUUGUUCUUCUUCAUUGAUGGACUCCAACCUUGGGCAAAGCAAGAACUACAAAGAAGGAAUGUUAAGGAUGUCGAUGAGGCCAUCGUGGUGGCCGAAUCACUCACUGAGUAUCAUAGGGGAGACUCUAAACCCAAGUCUUCUUCCAAGCCUAGUUCUACUAAAAGUGGGGGAGACAAGGGGAAGAGUUUCUCAACCAAGAAGGAAGGAAAAUACUCUUCAAAGAAAGAGUACGAGGAAAAGAAGAAGGCUUUCGUACCUAAAGGAGGAUGCUUCGUGUGCAAGGGACCACACCAAAUGAAGGACUGUCCCAAGUUAGGGACUCUGGCAUCUAUCGCCAAGGAACGAGAGGCCCAAACUCAAGUAACUGAGUGUGUUGGAUCCAUCCAACACAUAAAUGCUGUGAAGGGCAAAGAGGCAAGCACUGCAGAAAAGAAAGGCUUGAUGUAUGUCAAAGCCUUUAUCAAUGAAAAACCUGUCAUGGCUAUGAUCGACACUGGUGCUACACACAACUUCAUCACGCCUGAUGAAGCAAAGAGGCUUGGGUUGAAGAUCACCGAAAAGAAUGGUUGGUUCAAACCCGUGAACACCAAGGGUGAACCCCUUAAGGGAGUAGCAAAAGGGGUUGAGAUGACUCUUGGUUCUUGGAAGGGCCUUGUAGAUUUCUCAGUAGCACCCAUGGAUGAUUUUAAAAUAGUCAUCGGGCUCGAUUUGCAAAGGAAGGCAAAUAUAAUACCUAUGCCAUACUACGACGUAGUAUGUGUCAUGGAGAAAGGGUCUCCAUGCAUGGUCCCUACAGUAUCUAAAGUUGGAGGACCACCGAUACUCUCUGCUAUGCAACUCAAGAAAGGGUUCAAAAAGGGAGAGAUUACAUAUUUGGCUCUAUUACAAGAGGAGUCAACAUCUGAAAGAGAAGACGUUCCUCCCAAAAUCAAGGAAAUCCUUGAAGAAAAUAAGGAUGUGAUGCCUCCCGAGUUGCCAAAACAACUACCACCUAGGAGGAAGGUGGACCACAAGAUCGAAUUGGAGUCAGGAGCAAAACCGCCCGCCUCAACUCCUUAUAGGAUGGCACCGCCAGAACUUGAGGAGUUGAAGAAGCAACUCAAGGAUUUGCUAGAUGCUGGAUUCAUCCGUCCAUCAAAGGCACCUUAUGGCGCACCAGUCUUGUUCCAAAAGAAGCAUGAUGGUUCAUUGAGACUAUGCAUCGACUAUCGAGCACUUAACAAGGUAACCAUCAAGAACAAAUACCCUAUUCCUUUGAUAGCCGAUUUGUUUGAUCAACUUGGUAGAGCCAAGUGGUUCUCAAAGCUAGAUUUGAGAUCAGGAUAUCACCAAGUGAGAAUUGCUGAUGGUGAUGAGCCUAAGACCACGUGUGUCACGAGGUAUGGAUCGUAUGAGUGGUUGGUAAUGCCUUUUGGCUUGACCAAUGCUCCUGCGACCUUCUGUACCUUGAUGAACGAGAUCUUUCGACCUUACCUUGAUCGGUUUGUAGUGGUCUACUUGGAUGACAUUGUUGUCUAUAGCAAUACUUUGGAGGAACAUGUAGAACACUUACGAACCGUGUUCAAGAUCUUACGAGAGAAUAACCUAUAUGUGAAGAAGGAAAAGUGUUCCUUUGCAAGGGACGAAGUCCACUUCUUAGGACACAUCAUUAAAGGUGGAACUCUCUGCAUGGAUCAAGGAAAGGUGAAGGCUAUCAAAGAGUGGGAGCCGCCAAACAAGGGAUACUCCGCCAAGGCUGCACCAUUAACUGAUCUUCUCAAGAAGAAUCACUCUUGGGAAUGGUCAAAGGAGUGUCAAAAGGCCUUUGAUGAGUUGAAGGCUGCUAUCACAAAAGGACCAGUACUAGCAUUACCCGACUAUUCAAAGGUGUUUGAAGUCCACACUGAUGCUUCUGACUACGCUAUUGGAGGAGUUCUGAUGCAAAAAGGACAUCCUAUUGCCUUUGAGAGUCGCAAGUUGAAUGAUACAGAAAGGCGAUACACUGUCCAAGAGAAGGAAAUGACCGCAGUGGUGCAUUGUCUGAGAACUUGGCGUCACUACUUGCUUGGUUCACACUUCAUCGUCAAGACAGACAAUGUGGCUACAAGCUACUUCCAAACUCAAAAGAAGUUAAGCCCCAAACAAGCUAGGUGGCAAGACUUCUUGGCUGAGUUUGAUUUUGAAUUUGAAUACAAGUCAGGCAAGACUAAUGUGGUAGUUGAUGCGCUGAGUCGCAAGGCUGAGUUGGCGGCCAUUUCUAUGGCUGAAGGAGAUAUUGUGCAUACCAUCAAGGAAGGGUUGCAUCACGAUCCACUAGCCAAGAAGUUGGUGGAGUUGGCUAGAGAAGAGGAGGCAGCACGACUAUUCUUCAAGAAUGUGGUGAAAUAUUGGGGAUUGCCUAAGAGCAUCAUUAGUGAUCGAGAUCCACGCUUCACAGGACGACUAUGGACAGAGAUGUUCAACUCCUUGGGUCGGAGCUUCAUUUCAACAAGCUUCCAUCCUCAAACCGAUGGGCAGACUGAGAGAGUGAAUGCCUUACUCGAGUGUUACUUGAGGCAUUUUGUAAGCGCUAAUCAGAAGGACUGGACAAAACUCCUCGACAUUGCUCAUUCUCAUACAAUUUGCAAAGGAGCGAGUCCACAGGGAAGAGCCCGUUCGAGAUUGUGA